AGUUUGUCUAUCAUCAUGUUGAGAACUCUACUGCUGCUCAUCGUAAUCGUGGCCAGUUCCCGCGGCGCGGACUACGAACUGUUGCUCGAGGAUCCAGAUAUCUUCGCUCCAUGCACAGAAGGGCCGCCCGGAUCCAUUGGAUUCAGAGAAGCAUUCAACCUGGAUAACUUGGAAAUCAAUCAGGACGCCGAUAUUAUUCAUCUAUCCGAGAAUAUCACCGCCAACUGGGACGUGGAGUCCAGCGAUCGCAUUUCCGGCAGGUUUACGGUGAUGCACUACAACCGCGGCAGCUGGGAACCGACCCUAUUUAGCUUGGCCACGCCGGACUUUUGUGCUGCGAUGUUCGACGAGAAUCAGUCAUGGUUCAAAUACUGGACCAAAUACAUAUCGAACCGCGAGGAGGUCCAGCAGAAGUGCUUCAAGACGCGUGGUACCGUGCUGAUGCACAAGCCAUUUGAUUUGCAGCUGCGCCUAACGGACAUUCGAGGCGCCACUUUCCAGGGUCGUUACAAGAUCGUUUCCACCUUUGAAGCUUUCGACGAGAAGGACGUUCCGAGACGGACUUCCAUAUGCUUCGAAAUCAGGGGAGAGGUCGAGAAGAUAAAGUAAUACGAUGCGAUACGAUAACACGAUGCUGGAGGUCUGCUUAUGUUUAAAGAUAAUUUUAUUAUUCAUAGUUUACUUAACUUGAAUAAACAGAUAAUUAUUCCUUAUUGAGA